UUAUUGUUGUUGUUGCUGUCUUCGUCGUUGUUGUCCUUGUUUUUGCUAUCGUCGUCGUAGUUGUUGCUGCCGCUGUUGUUGUCAUCGUUGCUGUUGUCGUUGUUCCUGUCGUUGUUGUUAUCGUUGUCGUUGCCGUUGCUGUCGUUUUUAUCGUCGUCGUUGUCGCUGUUGUUGUUAUCGUCGUCGUUGCUGUUGUUGCCAUCGCUGCUGUUGUCGUUGUUGCUGUUAUCGUCGUUGCCGUUAUCGUCGUUGUUGUUGUUCUUGUUGUCGUCGUUGUUAUUGUCGUUGUUGUCACUUUAGCAACAAAAUGAAUAGAUCUGGUAUUACAUAUAAUAAUAAUAAUAAUAAUCUUAUAUCAACUAAUCCAAAUUAUCAAAAACUUUAUCAUAAUCAUAUUGAAAAAUUAUAUAACUCUAAAAAAAAUUUAUCGAAUUCAUUACGUAAUUCACCAACAUUUUCAAUACAAUCAGAACCAUAUUUUAAUCAAUCAAUAAAAAAUAAUAAUCAACAUUUAACAACAACAACAACAAAAUCAAUAAUCAAUAAUCAAUCAAAUAUUGAUUCAUCAUCAUUAUCAAUGAUAAAUAUUAAAAAAAUAUUAGAAAGAUUAAAAAAUGAAGUUGAUAUAGAACGUAAUAAACGUACAUUAAUGAUUAAACAACAUAAUCAUAAUAUUAAUAAAUUAACAAAACAAUCAAAAAUUGAUCAUUCUAUAUUAUUAUAUGCAUUAAAACAUGCAGAAAAUAAAGCGAAAUUAUAUCGUGAUGAAUAUUAUAAACUUAAAACUAAAGGUAAAUAA